AUGGCCAAGGCAUAUCCAUACACCGUUUAUCGCGGAACGUUCAUUCAUCUUCCUCGCCUUAAUUCUAGCACGACGAAGCCGGAACUUAUCAGAAAUCAAGGUGUUUUGUGGGUUUCUUCAGCUGAUGGCCGUAUUAAAGGAUACGAUUGGCAAGUUGGCGAUGAUGCCAGCUUUCAAUCGUUCCUAUCAAGCCACGGCUGGACUGUUGCCAAAGCCUCACCUAAUGACCAUGCCAGCUCAUCAACGCAAGUUCGAGUUGUGGAGUCCAAUGAUGAGCGAAACGAAUUUUUCUUUCCUGGAUUCAUCGAUACCCAUAUACACGCACCACAGUUCCCCAAUAUCGGGCUGUUUGGAUCAUCAGGUCUUCUGGACUGGCUAAACGAAUACACAUACCCAGUCGAGAGUAGCUUCGGCUCCAAGUCGGAUCCAAAUAACCAGGAAACAGACCCCAAAGAUACACCACCUGAGGGCCUGCGCGUCUACGAUGAAGUUGUCGCUCGGACUCUUGCCCACGGCACAACAUGUGCCUCCUACUUUGCCACCAUCCACGUUCCAGCAACAAAUGCCCUCGCAGCGCUCUGUCACUCUCACGGUCAACGAGCAUUCAUCGGGCGUGUCUGCAUGGACAACAAAGACGAAUGUCCCUCCUACUACGUUGAUCAAUCUGCAGACGAGGGCUUCAGUGCGACAAAGUCGACAAUAGACUACAUCCAGACCUUAGACCCGAAUGGAACACUGAUAAAUCCAAUAAUCACCCCCAGAUUCGCUCCAAGCUGCUCGAACCACUCCCUCGAUGGCCUAGGCAAACUAGCCGCAUCCUACAACCCACCCCUCCACAUCCAAACGCACAUCGCCGAGACAAUCGACGAGAUCGAUCUCGUUCACCAACUGUUUCCGGAUGCAGCCAGCUACGCUGAUGUCUACGACAAGGCUCACCUACUAACGAACCGCACCAUUCUCGCUCACGGAGUACACCUCACCAAAGACGAGCGCACUCUCAUUCGCGAGCGAGGUUCCAAAGUCGCGCACUGCCCAGCGUCAAACUCCGCACUAGGCUCAGGCCUUGCCCCUGUGCGUAUCUUACUCGAUGAAGGUCUCACAGUUGGUCUGGGUACGGACGUGAGCGGCGGAUAUAGCCCAAGUAUCCUUGAAGUCGCCCGGCAGGCAUGCCUAGUAUCCAGACUGCUUCAAUACAGUGCCGAGUACCAAGCGAUGACAGGCAAGACGGUAUCAGAUGGGAGUGAGAAAUUAUCUGUUGAAGAGAGUCUCUACCUCGCUACGCGGGGUGGCGCGGCAGUCGUCGACAUGGCAGAUGAGAUUGGUGGCUUCGACAAGGGGAUGAUCUGGGAUGCGCAACUGGUUGAGCUGGGUGCAGUGACGAACAACACUGUGAGCCCCUGGGAUGUUUCUCAUGCAGAUGCUCUUGCCUAUCGGAGUGCUGUUGAGUCUGGUCCUGUGGGUAAUGUUGAUUUGUUUGGAAAUGAGACUUGGCAGGAGCAGAUUCAGAAGUGGAUGUGGAGCGGUGAUGAUCGGAAUGUGAAGAGUGUGUGGGUGCAGGGAAGACUGGUGCAUACCAGAGAUUAG